UGUACUACGUCAUCAAUUGUGGGCCCCGGUGUACACAACGAAAAUUAGCAUGGAUGCAAAUGAGGUUGAAUUUCAACUUGGGUGGAUUCGUGGAAGUUGCCUUGCCAUGCAGUAAAAACAGAAAACUGUUUGUAGCAGAGGUUAUUGAUGUCCAGGAGGAUGAAGUGUUGUUUCGCUACAUGAAAGCUGCCAGAGGUGGAUUUAAAUGGCCAACAGUUGAAGAUGUCAGCUGGGAGCAUCAUUCAUCAGUUACUCGCCACCUUGAUAACCCUGUUCUUGACAUCCAGAAGAGUUCAAACCAUGUUCAGAUUUUUAAGUUAAAUCAGACUUUGACUUUAUCACAGGGGAGAACCCUGUUCUUGACAUCCAGAAGAGUUCAAACGGUGUUCAGAUUUUUAAGUUAAAUUAGACUUUGACUUUAUCACAGGGGAGUACCCUGUUCUUGACAUCCAGAAGAGUUCAAACCGUGUUCAGAUUUUUAAGUUAAAUUAGACUUUGACUUUAUCACAUGUAUGGGAGAACCCUGUUCUUGACAUCCAGAAGAGUUCAAACCGUGUUCAGAUUUUUAAGUUAAAUUAGACUUUGACUUUAUCACAGGGGAGAACCAAUCAUUUGUUGUGGUAUUUUUUCUAUUAUAAUUUAGGCGAUUUCAGUUAAACAA